AUGAGACGCACGAGUCUCUACACCAACCUGAGCCACGAGCGGCAUGGGCUACAUUUCAAGGCAAGCGCAGCAACGGUUGAGCAGCUCAAAGGCCAAUUUAUGGAGAUGAUGGCAACAAAAAUGCGCACUGUAACUCCACUGUUGUGGGGCCUCAUCAGCACUCUCCUCGACAGCAAUCAGGACUGCCAACGUGCCAUGAUAUAUUCUGAUGGUAUGACAAGUAGCCUUGGAUCAGAGGCGGAGAUGGAUCUUGGUGAGUUUGGUGGUGAGGGAAUGGACGGCGAGAGUGGGGGAAACACAAAGAUGAAAACAAAAAAACAUGUGCACGCAGCAGAAAGGAAUGCUGCACUAAUUUCCAUCAAGGCGGUUGUUUGUAUCAGUAUAAUGCUACAGAACUCAAAUGAAAGGUGCAAUUACCUUCAAGGCAUCCUGGGGUUCUUCUAUCACUCAACCUUGGUCCCUGAGAAAGUCAUUGAAACACUUGCUCAUGCUGGUCUGUCCAUCAGCAUUUCAUCAAUCCAUAACGCUGUACAAUCUGUGUCGCAUCAGGCAUCAGCUAGAAUAAGACGUGCAAUUCGAUCACUACAAUCUGCAUUUGCUUAUGACAACGUUGAUAUCGACUUCAAAACUGAGCAGCCAACACUCGAGCACCAUUCGAACUUUGUCAGUGCAACCUCUACAACUGUGAUACCACUAUUUGGCGUGAAUAGUGCUGAAGCAUUUGCAUGGCAUGCUUGGGAGAUCCUAGUCCAUCAUGGCCAGCAUUUUCAACAUUUUGAAAAGGAGUUAUGCGAGCCAGCACCAGUGGAACGCAUACCCUUACACAAGACUGAACAGGUGCCUUGCCGUGUCAUGAACAUCAAACAAUCAACAACGGAUGGAAAUGUUGAAGUGAUGGAAAACUUACUUCAUCAAGGAGGGAUCAGAGACAAAAACAGCAAUGACUUCGACCAAAGUCAUGACAUAGAUAUGUCAGAGCAUGUACUCCUUGUCCAUGGUGACCUUUUGACAAAGGAAUGGUUAGAUACUGUUGGCGACAGCAGGAUAAUCGAAACAACACCGAAAAACUGCCUACACCAAAGGAAGGCAGGGAUGACGAGAAUAGCCUGUUUCAGUCAGUGGGGUACCUGCGACCAGAUGAAACCAAGAAGAUGGUUAGCAAGCCUGGAUUUCGACGUAUGCAUGAAGUCAUACAUCACGACCUUCAAGCAUCGAUGCUUGACUGCUGGCGACUUGAAGCACAGAGCGUAA